AUGUUGGUGUCACGUCGCAAAAAACAAUUACUAGAAUUACUGUGUUUACAAGAAAUUGACGAAGAACAAGCACUAAUACACCAUCACCUGUCAAAGAAAUCAAAACAAACCCAUACAAUUUUCCAAGCCAGGGAAAGUGAAGGGUUUUUUAGUAUACUAAUCGAAAAACAUUUAUGGGAAGACCAAACGAAGUUUCGAGAGUUCUUCAGAUUAAGCUGGGAUCAGUUUAACUACGUGUUAAACUUGAUAGAGGAUGACAUAACUUCCAAUCCAACUAAUAAAAUUAAAAAAACCAAUCAGUCCAGCAGAAAAAUUAGCAGUUACAUUAAGGUAAAUUUGAUUAGUCACAUAUUAGUCGCUUAUAGUCGUAACAGGUAA